UGUUAUUCCACCUGUCACCGAAUCGUCAUUUUCGUUUGUUUCUUUGGUGGUCUCGUUCGACGAUUGUAUUUUGUUUAUUAAGACUCGAAACUUUAAAAUGCGUGCAGUGAAUUUUCCGAUAAACAACAUUGUAAUAUGAGAUGGCAGACGAGUGCCCUGUUGUGAAGUUUUCGCGGGACCCCUCGCUAGCCAGAAUCGAAAAUUUGAAACAAACCAACCUUCGCGACAAAUUUGGGGAGAGCGGGCAAACUUUUGGGGUUUUUUACGUGACCUGUAUAGCCCUAUCGAUCAUAACCUACGUCCUAGAUUUGGCUUUGGCCUGUAUUCUGCUGUAUCUGUACUACGGCAACCACUGUGGGGUUGAAUUGGCUCUCACGCUUUCGUUUAUGCUUCUAUCAGCACUUUUCACCACCGCUAUUAGUUUACGAUGGUAUAUUGUGGACCACGACGAUCCGUCCCUGGGAAAAACCUCCUCCUUUCACUGGAUCGUCCGCAUCGUGUUUCUUCUUCUUCAACUAUCGCCCCUUCUUCGCUACAUCGACACCCUCAUAUACGGCAUCAAAAGCAAAAUUGCUGCAGCCACUGGCAAUGAGAACCAGCAGACCACUUUGUACAGACGAAUGCUGGAUGAGGACACAAAUGGCGCCCUUCUCAGGCUGUUUCACUGCUUCCUUCAUUCCGCACCACAAGCAGUCAUCCAGCUAAUGAUUCUGCUGAAGAGCAUGACAACUCAGACUGAAGCCAACAAGUUCAGCACAGAUAUUGCAGUGAUGCAAGCUUGGACCGUUUUGGCAGCUUUAUCUUCGAUAGCUUGGUCUUUGACGACCUACCACAGAUCUGUCAGAUAUGCGCGGGACGACAAAAACAAAAUAAAGUGGGCGGGGAUUUUGGUGGCCUUCCUGUGGCAACUAAUGAGUGCCCUGUCCAGAGUGCUAGCUCUGAGCCUUCUGGCUUCUAUAUUCCCGGCCUGGAUGGGUUGUGUUUGUGCCUUGCAUUGGACGGUUAUGUCAGUGUGGUUGGCCUUAGGGCAAAGCCAUUCCACUGCUUGCGGUAGUAAUCGCUGCGAGGAACUUUUUGUGUCCAUAGCCUUAGGUCUGGCCUACGUGCUGGCCUUCAUUUCUCCCACAGACGGUCCAACAAGGUACGUCUACUUAGCGUACUACUUGGUGUGCUUUAUGGAAAACACAGCCGCACUUGUAGUGUGGUGCGUCACUAAUAGUUCCUCGCAGAAUCCAGCGUUGUAUUACGGCGCGGCAAGCGCCCAGGUUGUAGCCUUCUUGCUUGCCAUCGCCUUCCUGAUUGUCUACUACAAGUGCUGCCACCCGUCGCUCAAAAAUCGCACCAAAAUUCCCACCUCGGAUUCCGACUGCCUGCAGUCAGAUAAACCCAGUUACAGCAAGUCCUAUAACGUACGCCCCAGAUCAUGAUCCAUAGAGUUUGUCUAAUGCAGGCAAACGAAAAUAUAUUUGACAUUUAAAUUAUUAAAUUUGACGAAAAAUGACGCAUUAAACGUCAAAAUCGAGACAAAUUGACAAGCAACAAAAUUUUUACACACAACUUAGAUUUUAGUACCUACAGACUAAAAGCAAAUUUUCUGAUUUUGUAACUCACCAACCAAAGGUCACACAGAAAAUAUGUUCGCGUAUUUUUGUAGAGAAUUAAACGCUCUACAAAAAAGGUUACUUAUGAUUUUUCGCUAAACUAAUUGGUUAAAAAGUUAUUAAAGAUCAAAGUUCAACUUUGACAUUUUUUUAUUUACCGAUAAAAAUAUUUGUUUUUUUUCGCUCAGUUGGUAACACAAUGUUCAAAAAUUGAAGAUGUCGAUAAUUCAGCAUAGCUGCAUUACCGAUAUUUUGACAUAUGUCAUAAACAAACUAUAAAAAACAAAUUUAUGUUCAUUAUUUAGUUUUUGAAUUAUUUAAUUCUAUUUUCAGAAAUAUUUUAUCCGAUAAAGGAAAAUUUUAAGAAAUCGUACAUUUUGAAUAUUAGAGCUUCACGGAGGAUAGGAUUUCGUAUGUUUUUUAAACAUCCCUUUGUAUAUUUGAAAUAAGUUAUUGUAUCUUUUGACACCUUAAUAUUUUUUUAAAAUACAUAAAAUAUUUAUAAAAAAUCUACUUACUUCACGGAGGAUAGGUUUUUAAAUAGCACAUUAAUGAACUUAAACUUUUGAUUUAUAAAACAGCAACACUCUCAUCUGCAUAUAAAUUCUAACUGAUAGAAUCAAUUUUUGUAACACCUACAUAAAUGGUUAUAAAAAUUAUCUCUUUUAAUUUUUAAUAAUGUUUUAUAUUUGAUUCGAUUGCUUUGGAUGUGUUUAAUUUACUGAUAUUUUUAGUAUGCUUUUACUAGCUCAGAUAUUUGAAAACAUCUAUAUGUUAACCUAGAAAGAGUAACAGUCACGGAGGAUAGGUUUUAGACUUUUAAAACAUUGUAAAAAAUAACAUUUUUAAUUAUUUAGCAAAAAAUUAUGUAGAACGUUUAAUUCUCUACAAAAAUAUCUAAACAUAUUUUCUAUAUGACCUUUGGUUGUUGAGUCACAAAAAUCAAAAGGAACAAAAAAAAAUACCAUGUUAUUUUUAUGAAAAGAAACAAUUCGCUUUUUUCAAACACCCACUACAGAAAAUUAAUCAAAAUGAUUGAAGUGUGAUUUUAUUGGUUAUUUGACCUUUUUUAUUAUUUUUGUCUGAGAGCAGUAUUUUAAAAGAAUUGGAUGUGAUAUUUUUUACUACUUAGGAAUUUUUAUUAUUCAAGAGUGGCACUACUGCAUUUUUAAUAAUAACAAGACUGCUUCACUGUGUGCCAAUAAGAAUAAUAAAACUUGAGUUUUAAACGUUGCCUUAAAUUGUUAAAUCAUUAUAGGCUUAUAUAUCUAUAUGGUUGUUAAAAAUCUUUAAUGUAAUAAAUGCCUUAAAUGUGCAUAACUUUGAUGAACUGAUUAUUUUUAUUGCGACUGUAUUCUAGCAUUUCCUUUUAUAGUAUUAUUAAUUUUUGUACUUAUUUCCAUCGUCCAAAAUUUUUGAAUUUAUCCAAAAUAAACUGCCAACGAAUUUUAAUGGUUGAAAUAAUUUCAUUGAUAAAAAGUGAUAGACGUAUUUGUAAUGCCUGCGAUAAUAAUAAGUACCUAUGUAUGAAAAAAGUAUGCCUAAAGUUGAUAUUGGGAACAAUAUUUAAGUACUUAGCAUAAAUUUAUUAUAUUUUGUAUUAUAUUUCCAAUGUUGUAUUAUAGAGAGAUGGUGAUUAUUAUAUUAUUUAUAAGUGUUGACAUUCAAAUAAAAAUAUUCAUCUAUAAAA